AUGAAUCGGUGCUAGAGUGAGGUUGUGCCGCUCGCCGUAGUGAGCCUGUUUUAUGUUUUCGUGCUUUUAUGGAAUUAUACCAAUGUGCAGUGGUUGGAUGCAUCUAUUUAUGACGUGAAGUUACAGACUUUGUCACCAUGAGUGAGGUGAGCAUCUGCCAGGCGCGAGCGUCUGUGAUGCUCUACGAUGACGGCACCAAGAAGUGGGUGCCCGCUGGCUCGUCCUCGGGACUGUCCAAAGUGCAGAUCUACCAUCACACCGGCAACACCUCCUUCAGAGUCGUCGGCAGGAAGAUCAAUGAUCACGAGGUUGUGAUCAACUGCGCUAUCCAGAAAGCUUUGAAGUACAACCAAGCGACGCCGACGUUCCAUCAGUGGCGGGACAACCGCCAGGUCUACGGCCUCAACUUCUCCAGUAAAGAUGACGCGGACGCCUUCGCUCAAGCCAUGCUUACGCAGGCCCUUGAGAUUCUCAAUAACGGUCCUGGGGCAGGCAGACAAAUGCCUCCACCCCCUCCCCCUCAUCAAACUCCCCCUGGGAUGCCCUCUCAGCAACAAAUGCAUCCUCCUCAACCCCCUCCCCACCAACAAUCAAAUCCUCCCCUACCUCCCCACCAACUCCAGCAAUACCAGUCGCAGCCGCCGCCCCAGCCCAUCUACCAACAACAGCCGCUGCCUCAGGUGUACGACGAAGACCUGGCCUACAGGUACGGCACGAGUCACAGCACGAGUGCUCCUGAGCACAUUUACGGAGGUACUCCACAGCAGCAGCAGUACCAGCAACCACAGUACCAGCCAGCACAGUACGCUGACCAGCAACCACAGUACUCAGACCAGCAGCAAGUGGAUCGAACCUAUGAUAACUUCAGUCACUACCAGGACACACGGAGUCUGACGCGUGACGAGUCGUUGAUGUUGUCUGGAGGCCUCCGCAUGGCUCCCCAGGCUCCCCCUCCUCCUCCAUCUUCCCACCACCGUAACAAUUCUGCUCCCACCGGCCCCGGUGUGGUGCCUCCAGCUCCACCACCAGCACCACCUGCUCCUCCUGCUCCACCUCACGCUCCUCCUGCCCCGGUGCUGAGUUCCCCAGCUCCUGCACCUCCCCCACCUCCUCCUCCUCCCAUGGGUGGCGGUCCUCCCCCACCCCCGCCGCCGCCCUCGCAUCACCUGGCGGCAGCGCAGGACGACGGCGCUGGCGGGACAAGUCUAUCAGCGGCGCUGGCGACGGCCAAGCUGCGCAAGAUGCGGCCUCCUGACAGCGACAGCACCAGCAGCAGCAGCUCGGGGGGCAGCAGCGGCGGCAGCAUCGGCAAGGGCCCCGCGGACCGCCCGCCCCUCAUGGGCAUGAGCAUGAUGGACGAGAUGGCCGCCACCCUCGCCAGGAGGAAAGCCAAGACCCAAGCUAAUGGCAACGCUGCCGAGAACACAAGCGGUGGAGGUGGCGGCACCCUGAAAGGCCUGGGCCAGAAGAGCCCCAGCAGCAGCAAGCUCUCAACAAAUGGCAUCACGAGCAACAACAACACCAGCAGCCGCUCCAGCACCACGUCAGGCGGGGGCGGCGAGUCUCCUAAGCCUGCCCGCAAGAGGUCAGCUUCUAUGUUUGGGUCAACGUGCGACGAUGGCGGCCCCACGAGACUAAACGGCGUCUCUGGCAACGAGGGCUGCGUCACCAGCCAGGACCUGGACAACCUCAGGGAGGACCUCAUGGCUCACAUCACCAAGGAGGUCAACAAGUGUAAACUGGAGAUCAUUGAAGCGAUCAAGAUGGAACUGAACAGGAGAUAAGCUUGGGGCUCAGCUGCUGACCGGCCCGCAUUUAUACAUCAGACGUGAGCGACGCCUGACGCUUCGACAGGCUCCACCUGGGAAACCCUUCAUGUCUCUUACUGUCAACUGCCAGCAUUUGUAUAUUUUUCCACUUUUUGAUUUCCCUUUACGCUGACAUUAGGAACUUUAUUUAUGUUUAGUAUGAUGGCCGAGUGCCUGUGAUAUGCAGAGCAAGAUAAACGUAUCUUUAUAUAUCGGUGCAAUUCUGCUGCAUGUCGAGCUUUUUUCAUUUUAAAAACUCAAAUGAUAACAAUGAGAUUCAAAAAAAUAAUUCCCAGGCUCGAUUACUUUUAGUCUCCUACUUUCAAUGAGUUUAGAUUGAAUUUCGCAGUAAACUAGUAUCAGUAUAGCUCCGUUCACUUGGUACGUUAUUAUUGUGACUUGAUUUUCUUACAGAGGAUAGUGAUAUAAAUUUUUCCGUUCACUUGGUACAGUUCAAUAAUACCAGUGAUGAGACCAUGAACAAAUAUGAAGGCUUUCAUUGCAUUCUUUCUUGCGGAUCAAUGUUACUCUGAAGGAUGCUUCCUGUUCACGUGUAUCUUUCAUGUGUUGCUUGGACGUGGGUGCAUCCGGAGACCUGUUGCACUAGUCACUUCUUCCCUGCCUGCCAGAAUUUGGACAUCGACUAAUUUAUAAUACGAACUGUAAUCUUAGGACGCUGUGCACAUGAGGAAAGCUUGACAUGCUUACGCUGUUGUGUGCUUUUGAAGUCUCUUAUUUGGAUGUUGUGUGUGAAUGCUUGUGUCAUGCUUACACCUCUAUGCCUUCUCAAUACAUUUUCGAUUCGUGGUCAAUGUUUUAGUUCACGUCAAGAAAGGUUAUGUUGCUAAGUGCAUUUGAGAGUCAAGUGAAAGUAACAAAACAGUUUUGUUUGUCGUCGUCGUCCGGCACGAAACCUAUCUGUAGAAACGCUUCAAACUCCGAAGUUUAUUUGGUAAUUCUAAUGUUUUUAAAGAACUAUCUGUUGUGUUUUGUUACUACCUUGUGUAAAUUCAAACAAACUGGAGAUGGUUCUUUUCUGGACGAUGUAAUGAUGUUUACUGAGUUUUAACGAUGAUGUAUUUUGAUUCCGGGACGGAUUUCGCUGGCUGUUCUUGUUGCUGAUAAGACAUUUUCCCGCCUUGCUUUUUAUUACGUAAUGUACCUCUUAAUCUUUUAAUGUGUCGUUCCUGAUCCUGAAUUUCUGUUUACGUCUUUAACGGUCAGCUUGCUUUAGUUCCAAAGCUCAUGUGACGAGGUGGCCAAUGUUCUUCCUUUUAACUUAAGUGCUCAGAAUAUUUACGCCAACAUUUACUGGUAGGAAUCCUGCAUAUGUUCUCAUAUAACAAAUUUCUGGUUCAAAUUUGGAAUUUAGUUGACUUAACAUUUAUGACAUUCGUUGCACGUUUUUUCCAUUUAUUUCUACGUGUGACUGUCAAUCUUAGAGCUCUAACUUAACGUCACAUGGGACUCGUAGCGCGCUCAUUGUGAAGGCCGACAAUGGCAUGCAGAGUCGAGACUCUGAUGGCUGUUGAUGCGUGACGCUCAUCGUUGAUACGAGUUUCCUUAUCACAAUUACUCGUCUAUAGCAGUAUUAAUGUUCAUGGCAUUUAAUUAUUAACUCAUUCCAGCGUAUUUUUCCCCUUGUUUAUAGGUUAUUAAUUUUAUUUACCCGAGUACACGUUUUUUAUUGACCCACCAUUUAAUCCUGUGAAUUUCCAUAAGCUUUUUAAUUCAUUAAUAAGUAAUUUGCCCUCUUCUUAUCAGCCAGUGAUAUUCAAGAUAUUUUCGAAAUAAAUUUAAUAGUGAUAUUUCAAUAAUCUAUAAAAUUUGUUCUCAUUGAACUUAUAAAAAGCAUAAACAUAUUUUGCACCGUAAGAGAUUACUUAAAAAACUCUCUUACUUUCACUUAAUUUCAUGUCUGACCCGCUAGUUGGUGAUGGUGCCUGUACAGAAUUGCCUUUCGUUGCUCUGUACCCUUGCAAGUUGUUCGUUUGUGUGCUUCUUGCAUUGGAAGCACAAUUAUACAGAUAUGAAUUAAAUCAUGGAGACGUCGAGCUGUCUUUGACUAUUGACGCACUCAGCGGUUUGCUGCAAUGAGAAAGAUACUUGUUGGUAAACUGGAGAGAAUACGAGGAAAGUGAAGUGAUGUUUCGGCUCAAGCUGCCUUGUUCUUCGGAACGCAGCCUACUAAUUUUCCUCAUUACUUGUUCGUAGCAUCCUAAUGGAACUUAGUAGCAAGCCCACAACUCUCAAUUGUCGUGCUGCUUGUCAUUCAUCUCCAUUGAAGUAUUGUUGUAGCUUCCAUUCUUAGGUCCUAGAUAUUCAAUAAGUGCGUGUUCGUGUGCAAGUGGUUUCGUCGUGUUGGGGAGCGGCAAUCUUUUCGCAAAACCUGCUAUCACCAUCUUAUCUUGAUCGUAAUGCCUGACGUGCAGUCUGUUUGAAUCGUCAUGCCUGUACGACCGAUUGCUCUACUAGAAAAUCCGUAAAUUUUGCUGCGCUGCCACUUUUUGCUGCCUUUCUGUAGUUUUAUUUUUUUUAAAGGAGCUCUAGUAUGCUAGUUUUGUGCCAUUUUUAACUUGGCACUAGCUUGGUACCGACUGAUGCACGAACUCGGCAUUGAAUUGUGUCGCUCACUGUGGAAUAGAUUUUUGGGGAGCUGCUCGAGAGGAAAUACAAGCAUUAGAGUCCACUCGAGAGGUCUUCUAAUUCUUGGUCUAAAUCCUAGUUUUACCCCGAGACAAGUUAAGCUGUUAGCAGUUUUUAACUUCUCCAGUAUCCGUUAUUUAGCUAAUAUUGCUUAUUUAUCCAUAUGAUUUUGGCAUGUAUAACAAAAAAAUCGCUUCCUCUACUUUGUUGUUCCAGAUUUUGAAUCAUUAAUGCAAGACACAAUUGUGUGUCUUAGUGCAACAGAAGUGAAUGAGUUGAUGAAAUAAGUUCUUGUUGUUUCUUGAUUACACUUCACAUUUAGAUUGUAUUAACCUAUUGUCUUAAUUUAUUUGUAUUGGUUAGAGAUUUUUGAACGCGCAGGCGCUCUUCUUUACUCGCGAGCGUCGCUUGUAAUAUGUGUCGAUGUUUUGUACAUUUUUUCUAUUAUCUUGUUAUGUUCAUAUCGUUGUAUAAAUGUUUACUUUAAUAUCAAGCUUUGUGUUAUUCAGUUGUAUUCGUUCACCGUAACGAAAGGUUCUUCCUGUUUUUAAUUAAUUAUUGUUUCGAGGAGAAACCCUCCUCGUUCAUUUCUGGCUUCUGCAAUUAAUGUAUUAUGUGCUAACGGAAACACUUGAUAUUUAAUUUUCAUCUUGAUCUCUUUCGUCACUAUGAAGUUUGUGUCCAUUUUUAAGGGACAAGAAAAUGGACAUCGCUUAUAAUGUAAAAAAUGUCUGUUUUUUUUAUCACAUUGCUGAUUUUUUGCUUUACUUUGUCAGCGCAGAUUUUUAUUCGUGAAUCCCGAGUCUCCGAACUUUGGUAGAUGUCGGACUGGCUGAGUUCGUAGUCACGACCUGUGCCACCAGUGAUUUGCACAACUUUGAGAUGUGGCGGUGUAUUAAUUUGCGGUAGAUACGACGUUUAGAAGAUUCAUCUCCAUAAAUUAUGUGGUUUCUUAAAUAAGUAUUUAAACUUCUUUUGUUAAUUCGUUUCUGAUGCUUAAUUUUAUUAAAUUAUGUUCAGUGUAUCACGCUGUAAUAUUUAAGACGGUGGGCGUCUGCUGUUGCUUUCAUUUAUACAACGAAGCUUUAGCAUUUAACGCUUGUAUUGCAACGCGCUCCUGCAAAAUUUUACUAAAUGGUCAUGAUUUUCUGAGAACUAAAAUCUGAUAAAAUCUAAAUUUUUUACGUAAGCUUAGUGACAUUUAGUCUCGUCAACUGUACUCUAAGGAAGAUUAUAACAAUUGGUGCUUUCUCUGAGGAUUUAAAUAAUUUGAUCUUCGAACUGCUUGGUGCGGAUGGAUGUUGUCAGUGGGUUGUGUACAUAGUUGGUGAAGCGUUCGUUUAAGGUUAGGUUAAUGCAUGAAGAGUACCUCUGUUUCUAGUGGAUACUUGAGGUAACCGAUGUAGUUUGAGGGAACAUUGGUUCUUCUAGUCCACGGCUCCCCUGAACAUCUCAACUAUGCCGUUCGUGACACCCAGCCAUUAUCAGUGGAGCAUCGUUCAAACGCCGGCUCCUAAUCACCCUGAGUAUGGAAUUUUACAACAAUUAGCAUAACUGAAGGAGGACUCGGAUUCAUGUGAAUUAUUCACAGGCCUAAAUUAUGUUGGUAUUCCCAAUAAGAGCUUGGAAUUAUUCAAAUUGUUUAUAGACUUAUGAGUAUUUUUUUUUAUUCAGGAAGGUACAAAUAACGUUUGCCCAUGUUUCAUGAACAGUGAACUCGCUUCGUUGCAGGAGGAACUGCUCGGCUGUUCUGAGAACCCAACUUUAGAUUGCUGCCGUGGCCACAUUGCUUUGCGCUUGUUGAAGGUUAUGGGCAAAUUCUCGAUCAUUCCAUUUUUUAGCGCAUUAAUUUAUCGUUAGGCCCAAGGUGCUUUGAAGCUCAGGUCACUUGCUCUUCUCAGAGAUCAUCUUCAUAGAUUCGCUUCUCACUAGUUCGUGCGAAAAUAUUAAUCCUCUGAAGUCUUUCGCUUGUGCUUCCCGAUGAUCGCUCCUCUUCCGUAAACUUGUACCGUCCGCUUUUAUGUUCAUUUCCUACCAACAUUGAGCAUUAUAUUUGACAACAAAUUUCUAUGAAAAUAUUUUGCCAACUUAAAAGACAGCGCGAGUGACCUGAGCAAAAUUGCCCUUCUUGCUGCAAUGUUUUGAACAAGAUUCCACAUCCCGCUGAACUCUCUUGUCUCUAGGCUUAGAUUGGACCGAUGCUCAUCGUUGAAGUAUCAUUCGAUAACUACUAUAUUUCAUUAUAGUUAAUAUUUGUAGUGUUUUUAAAGAAAGUGAACAUGUCGUCGUAGUUUGAUAUACAUGCCAUAUUCUUAGAUUAACCGACCGUUCUUGUAAAUACUCCAUUGUGAAUAAAAGAAAUCAUUUGC